GGUGCUAGCGCUGCGCAGUAUCGUUAAUAUCGUGUUAAGCGCUGAAUCCACUGCGCAGACCUUUAAAUUUCAACCCUGUGAAAACAAAGAGCCGCCUGUUCCGGCCAAAGAACACGGUCGGGUUUCUGUGCGUCAAAGGGAAAAAGAGGAUUUAAAAAAAGAAACUCUGAGCUAUUUUUCUCCCUUCUCUCUCUCUUUCUCUUCCUCCUUCCUGUUUCACUUCGUCUCUCUUUGUUUUUGUCCUGUACCUCUCUGCUGCACAGCGGAGAGCCCUACGCUUUAGGAACCAAAAAGCGAAAGAUAUAGCAUUUAAAAAAAAAAAAAAAGAAAAGAAAGGCUAAAAGAUAAAGACAGAGAGGGAGACUGGCUCUCUCUUUCUUGUCGUCCUCAGCGUCUGUUCGUCCGUUGCACACUGCGGGAUCCGGCAGCCCCGGAGCCUCAGGAGUCUAAUGCUCUCGGAGGAUGAGUCCGUCCAUCGAGACGAUGCAGACAGACCAGCAGCAGCAGCAGCAGAAUUAUUUGGGGAAAGGGGUCUUGCUUGAGCCCUUUGUGCACCAGGUUGGAGGUCAUUCGUGCGUGCUGCGCUUCGGCGAACAGACCAUCUGCAAGCCUCUCAUACCUCGCGAGCACCAGUUCUACAAGAGCCUGCCCGCGGCUAUGAGGAAAUUCACCCCACAGUACAGAGGAGUGGUGUCGGUGAGUUUUGAAGAAGACGAGGAGGGUAACCUGUGUCUCAUUGCCUACCCACUACACAGUGAAUUGGGCGACUUGGAGAACGUGGACCCGUCCUCUGAUUGUGAGCCAAAGAAUAAGAAGAAAUGGGCGAAGAAGAUGCUAUUGGACAAUGAGAGUUACAGCAAAGAGCGCUCCAGACACACGCGCAAGGACAAAGACAAAAGUCUGAAGCGUGAGGAGGAGCUGGAGUGGCUGAAGCAGGCGGAGGUGCUGUAUUACAGCCUGGAGAGGAGUAACGCCGCAGGGCCGGAGAUCAAGCACAACCCCUGGGGCCUCAAAUGCCACCAGAAACACCUGCAGAGGAUGAAGGAGAACGCCAAGCACAGAAACCAAUACAAAUUCAUCCUUUUGGAGAAUCUGACGUGGAGUUACACAGUGCCCUGCGUGCUGGAUCUGAAGAUGGGCACACGCCAGCACGGAGACGAUGCCACAGAGGAGAAGAAAGCCGUACAGAUCCGCAAGUGCCAGCAGAGUACGUCCGCCAGCAUCGGAGUACGGCUCUGCGGCAUGCAGGUGUACCACUCAGACUCUGGGCAGCUGAUGUUUAUGAAUAAGUAUCAUGGGAGGAAGUUGACCCUGUCUGGUUUUAAGGAGGCUCUGUACCAGUUCUUCCACGACGGGCGGCGCCUGCGGCGGGAGCUGCUCUCUCCGGUCCUGCGGAAGCUCCAGGAGAUGCAGGCGGCCCUGGAGGCCUGCGAGUCCUACCGUUUUUACUCCAGCUCGCUGCUCAUCAUCUACGACGGCGAACCGCAGCCGUCCCGACGCGGCCCCGAGGACGGCCUGUCCGACCAGGAGGACGAGGAAGAGGAAGAGGAGGAGGAGGAGGAGGAAGACGAGGAAGAGGAGGAAGAAGUGGGAGGCGCGUUUGGGUUCCCGGGCAGCACCGGAGCGGCGAGCGUCGGCACCGGCAGCGGUAGCAGUGUUAGUAGCAGUAACGGUAGCAGCAGCACGGCGAUGUCGCGGCGCGCGACGCGGUCCGACCCCUGCCCCAUAGUGGACGUGCGAAUGAUUGACUUUGCCCACACUACGUGCAGACAUUACGGGGAGGACAGUGUGGUACACGAGGGCAAGGACAGUGGCUACAUCUUUGGCCUUCAGAACCUGAUCUCCAUCAUAUCUGAGUUAGAGGAUCACAGCUCAGACUGAGGGCCGUCCCCAAAUGCUCCGUCUGAACGAGGGAGAGUCUCUGAGGGAAGACAAAGAAAAACAGAGCUUCUCUCUUCCUCCACUUUGACUCAAAUCUGAGCUGGGGCUUUUGCCAGCGCUCCCCCCCCACCCCCCUGAGGCCUUGUCGUUGGUGUUUGUUUAGCUGUUUUUGUGUGUAUAGAGGUUAAAUAAGGAUUAGAGGAGUUAAACAGUGAGAAAACAUCCGUUAUUUUCUGUUUAUGUCACUUUGAUCCACCCUCUCUAACCCUUACCCCACGCUGUUACAAACUCGAUCCCCCCCCCCCCUCGGUUCUUUAUUUAUUUCAAAGCAGGAAAACAAAACACAAAAACAAUGUUUUCAAGUCAAUGAAUGGAUUCCAGCCCUUAACCCAUUCCAAAAGAACCCUUACAACCAAUCACAUACUUGCUCCUAGGUUCUGCUUGCUCCUGAUUGGUCAGGAGCAAACAGGGCGGUACAUAAGGGACGAAGGGAAGAAGCACGACUGAUUUCAGUCACUCAAUAAAAUUCCUUUGCCCACCUUAAAAAGAAAAGAAAAGAGAGAGAUGACUAUAUUCAGAUAAAUAUUAAAGUCAAACAGAGAAUAUAUAGAUCUUUAUUUAUAUGAGAUGUUUCAUAAAUAAACUAAAAAGUGAAAAAAAAAAAAUGUGAACGGAGACACAAAAAAAACACAUUCCAUGUUAUUAAUGUUAUAAUAAUGACAUUAAUAAAUAUUGUUCUUUUUUUUUUUUUUGACAUGUUCAGAUACCUCUAUCUUAUACAUCUGUGUUGUCAAGGAUUUUGGUGGAGGACAAAUAAAACUGUUUUGU